UUUCUCCUCUCGUUUCUCCUCAGAAGGCUCUUCUCCAUUUCUCUAUAAUAUUAGUCUCAGCCUGCUCAGUCUCUUAGAGUCAUUUCCAUUGGGGUCUGAUGUUGCAAGCAUGGCCUUUCAUCAUAAUGAAGGGAGGUAUCCAUUUUGUAGAGCUUCAGCACAAAUACAGCAUCAUCCAAGAAGACCUGUUGAGGGUAUCAUUAUACAACCACAUGUAUCAGGUAGACCUGGACCUUCCACUCAGCACAGACCAACCAGACCUAAUUAUAUUAAUCCAUCAGCUCAUAAUAUGCUAGUGUCAGGCAUUCUUAGACUUAGAGCACUUCAGUCUGCAUUUAAUCCUAGAGCACAGCCCAGACGCUUUUCUCCCUUCUAUCCCUCACUCCCACCACUCUUCCCAUUCCCUCCACCUCAUUCGCCUACAAGACUCAAUCCACCAAUGAUGUACACAGACUAUUCUACGCACUUGAAUCUCCCUGCUCCUCCGAUUGACAAGGUUUUCCAGUCUGCUUGUAUGUGGCCGAGAUGGUGGACCACUAGUGUACCACCUUUAGACCAGUCUACUAUUCAUUCUCAUCCAGCAACACCCACCUUUUGUCUUCCUCCUGCUUCCACUGUGUUGAUAGAGCCGGGUACAAGUGAUAUACUAAAUUAUGGUGAUGUUCUGAAUAUGUACGAUACUACUGGUGACUUACAGCAAUCACUAUGCACAUCUCCAGCAUUAAUUGGACAACAACCACUACUUCAACCUUCAUCUUUAUUAUCCCUCCGACAACCUCUCCCUCCAGCAGCUACAGCCAUUGAGCAGUUCAAUUUCCCUCCAUUGCCUCCUCCUCCAGGCUCAUACCCAGCUCUACCAUUCUCAGACAAAGAGCCACCAUAUUCUUUUUCAGCACUUGCUGGACUCGCCAUAAUGUCUUAUCCUCAGAAAAAGGCCACCCUCAAUGAGAUAUACUCAUUCAUUGCAUCUACUUUUCCUUUCUAUAAGAGAUCACAGAGAGCAUGGAAGAACUCAAUCAGGAACUGUCUGUACAGCAGUGAUUGCUUUAUGAGACCACGAGACAAAGGAGGAAAGAAUGUUUACUGGACUAUAAACUCAAGAGCUAAAACACAUAUUCUUAAAGGGAGUUUCAAAGCAAAGAGAAAAUCAAUUGCUACUAGUGGUAAGAGAAGAAAGAAAUCAGCCAAACAACUGGAUCAGGAGAGUAGAGGCUAUUUUGAAUGUUUUAACAUUGUACCUAUACCUAAUGAGAACACUAACAUAUAUGACCUGUUUCCUUCUGUUGCAGUAAAAGAUACACCUACCAUUUCUGUUAUUCAGUAUGAUGAUGCAACCAGAAGGGAUGUAACGUCAGGCAUAACAAAGUGAUUGAAUUUGGACUCAUUUCACUUGGCCAGCUCACUUUUUAAAAGAACUCAGUUAUAAUUCAUUUAAUCAAACUCUUGCAUUUGUUAUAGUAUAGCCACUCAUCAAUUGCAUUUAAAUUUAAUUAA